CACUUUCUCCCCUCCAUUGCGCCUGCCUCCCCCCUCGUCCCCCGCCCCCGCUCGCGCCUUCCCAUGGAGCUUCAAUUCACUGCGGCGACCAGCGCGAUCUUCACCAGCACCAUGGCAGCCGCCCAUGGCCUUCAGUGAAUGCCUUUGUUUUGAUUUCACCUUCCCUUUCGCCCACCCCGUCGCCAGUCUUCUCAUCUUUCCCUUCCUUCUCUUCCCCCUCCUCUUUCUCCUCUUUCUCACCACCCAUCGUUCCCCCGUUUCCGUCGAGCUUCACAGCAGCUUCUGCGAAUACUCGUCGUCAGCGAUCGAACUCGUUUCAAGUCUUUACUACAAAGCGCUUUUCUACCAAUCUUCUUUAUCCAACAUGUCUGGCGUCGUUUCGACACAGCAACCCAGCAUGGAGGACCUCAAAUUGCAGGACCAUUCUAGCCACACCCAGUCCGCGCAGAACCCCGGUUCUCCCCCCUAUCAACUCCGCUCAGUCAAGCUCUCGGGCAAGCCAAUUGCGAUGAGAGUUGACGGACAUGACAACAAUGUCAAAUCGUCCAUUCCCCUCCGUACUCCCUCCAUCCGACCUGACCACCGAUUCUCCCCGAAAUCUCGCACCUCGACCUCUAGCGGCACGGAUGGCCAGCCCUCGAGCUAUCGCCUCCCGCGACCUGAAACUAAAUACGUCUCGCAGUCGGUGUUUUAUACAAACAACCUGGGUACCGGUAGCUUUCGAUCUGCCGGCUUUGACCGCAGCACAUGGUCUCUGAACAACAGACCCCUCACUGGCCCGUCGCGCGGUGGAUACGCUACUGGUGCGAACAGUCUUCUGGGAGGCAAGUCUACCACAGACAUGAACCUUUUCCGUACCACUUCGAGCUUUGUGCAUUUCCCCCUUCACUCCAACCUUCCUCGCAAGUCGAUUCCAGAUGCGAAACCGUCCCGUACAACUUCUAGCCUCACGAGAAUCUCGAAGAACUCUACUCUUCCACGCAAGAGAUCUUUGGAGGAUGAUGACAGUGCUUCUGCUCAACGCACUAUCCCGCAGAUUGACAAAGCCGUCGUUGCAAAAUUUCGUCGUAUGAAGCCAGGCAGCUUCGCACGUGUUGCUAGCACUGCUGAGAGUGAUCUCCCUCCAGGAUCCCCUAUGGAUAUUGACACACCUGAGCACAAAGAUCCCCAGCCAAAUGUUCAUACAUCUUUUGGUGUGAUUGAACCAGACAGUCCCAUUUCUCAUAAGUCGUGUCCUAUGGACGACAUGGAAGGCACUCGUGAUUAUCCGAGCAGCUCUUCCCCCUACCUUAUGCCCGGUACAUGGCCAGGCUCAGUACCGCCUCAUGAUUCUUUCAUUGUCACCGCUCAUGCAGGGAGCCCAAAUAUCGUAUCGAUGUCCGGUGCAUUGAUGCUACCCGUCAACAAGCAAUUAACCGAUGUUGAAGACCUGAUGGCCAUUGAUCCUGCUAUUCAAGAGCCUCCCUCGCCUUGGAACGCCUACUGGACAAUGUGGCAAUAUAAUUUCCGGAGAGUUUUCACUACUGUUCCGACCGGAUUCACUCAAACUGUCUCUCGUGUGGUCAGGACUGCCGUUACUGUUGUUGGCGACGCCAAACGACGCAUGUGCGAGGUUUGGCGUCAGCGCCGCCUUCAGCCUGGACAUCGCCAACCAUCUUCUCCACGUGGAUCUCCUACGCGUGCGAACCUCCGUAGUCUGUCUCCCGAACAGCAGCAGCGUGUGAGACGCGACCAGAGGCUAAGAUCCCGAGGAAACAGUCCACCCCCUCAUUUCCCUUUCCCUGAUUUAUCCCACAUCCCCGAUUUUCCUACCAAGUCCUCAUCUGCUACCGAACAUCAUAAACAGUCAAAUGAGCUCGCUAUUAAGGAGCCCCGUGACUCCGUGACUUCGAAGCCAAGGGCUUCUGCAUCGUCAAAGAAAAACCGAGCGUCCAAGCGACGUGACCAUCCCGCUCAGCAAGAAAAGUCGUCCAAGGCUCCACGGUCCCCUACCAAACAGUCGAGACCCAAAGAGGCUGGACCUGUUGGUAUUCGCAAGCGGUUGCCUUCGCCUAGUAAACGUGCCGAGCGUGCCAAGCGUGCGAGAGAAAAUUCUCUCGUGUGGAGAGCGCUCUUGUCUGGCGACAAAGAAAAGAUUAAGAAGGUCGGCGACGAAUUGAUUGCAUCGCGUGAACGUGAAGCUUCCGGCCAGAGUCAGCAGCCGAAUGAACCUUUUAUUCUCAAUACCAACAAUGAAUCAAAUGAAUCGACAAAGUUGAUACAGCUUGCGAAUCUCAAGUCUCGUUCCCCUACCGCAGCUGAUCAGAUUGAAACGAAGAAAUCUAUCGAACUGAACGAGCAUACCACCUUGAAAGUGCCAUCGCCUAUUGCAAUUGAUAACGAACCGAAGAAGUACCUGAAACCGAAGAAGAUCUUGAAAUCGAAGGAUACCAAUGCCACGACCCGAGCGGAUAUUGAAGAUGAUAACGAAUUGAAGAGUCCCCGUCAGACGACUGACGCCUUGCCGCGCAGCGUCCCGAAGAAGCCGAAGUUCAAGCGCAAUGUUCGCUUCCGCGAGCCUGUGGUGGCCGAGUACAUUGACGAUACACGAGACUGGAGUGAGCUGGAACCUGACUUGGCACCCCAUCUCAACGAAGCGCUUGAUCUCGAAGAAACCCCUACCAACAAAAUCUCGGCUAUCGAAACGAAACCCGAUCAGAAAGAAAACGUGCCGCCCACGUCCGGGCUUGAUGCCAUCAACGAGCCCAGUCUUGACCCUUGGUCUCAGCCAUUCGAAUACCCCCUGGGAAGACCGGUUUCGGCUGUCCGUCUAUUCUAUCCUGUCCAGCAACCCAUUCCCGACGGCCGAACCGAGUCUGUAUAUGCCGCGCGUUGGAAAGAAAUCGAAGAGGAACAGAAGAAAAAGGAGCUCCCAGCUCGGGUCAAACCUGAUGGUCCAGCCGUACGGCCCCUCUCUUCUGAAUGGGAGGCUCGCAUUAAAAACUUGGAAAAUAGGAGCGUACCCGUCGCAAGAAAGGUCGCCACUACCCUCUCCGGUGACCCAUUGACGAAGAAAGACCUCGCGACGUGCUACACUCGGGGCGAGUGGUUGAACGACGAGAUCAUCAACUCGUACCUGGCGCUCAUCGUCGACUAUUUGCGCCGCACAAACCACAACGCGGGGCGUCAUGACAAACCCCGCUUCCACGCGUUCAACUCGUUCUUCUUUUCAAACCUCCGCGACAAGGGGUACGAGUCGGUGGCCCGGUGGGCGAAGCGGGCGAAGAUCGGGGGGCCACUCCUCCUCGACGUAGACACGGUCUACAUCCCGGUCCACAACAGCCAGCAUUGGACGCUGGUUGUUGUGCGACCGGGGGAGCGCUCAAUCGAGCACUUCGAUUCGCUGGGGGCCCUGUCUCGCCGCCACGUUGCGGUGGUCAAAACUUGGCUCCGCGGCGAGCUGGGCCCCCAGUAUGUCGAGGAGGAGUGGCGGGUGUUGCCGUCCCGGUCCCCCCAGCAAGACAACGGUUCGGACUGCGGGGUCUUUCUCCUCUCCACCGCCAAGGCAGUGGCCAUCGGCCUUGAGCCACUGUCUUACGGUGCGGCAGACACUCCUUUGCUGCGCCGUAAGAUAGUGGCCGAGCUGAUGGCCGGCGGUUUGGAGGGGGAGUUUGACCCCGCCCAGGGCGGACAAGUCUUGCUGUGA